AUGGAGGGGAGAAUGAACAAAUAUAGCCAAGUGAGCCCCGAAAGAGCAAAAGUAUGGACAGAAAAAUCGCCCAAAUAUCAUUACAAUCACAACUAUAUUCGGCAGCAGAAUACUGUAAAAGUUCCUGUAGUGUAUUAUUUAUGUAGGAAUCGACAAUUGGAGCAUCCACAUUUUAUGGAAGUCCCCCUCUCUUCCCCUGAUGGACUCUAUUUAAGAGAUGUGAUUGAAAGGCUUAAUGUUUUGAGAGGCAGAGGCAUGGCUUCGAUGUAUUCUUGGUCUUGUAAGAGGAGUUAUAAGAAUGGGUUUGUGUGGCAUGAUCUAUGUGAAGAUGAUUUGAUCCAUCCUGCUCAUGGGAAUGAGCAUGUUCUAAAGGGUUCUGAGCUCUUUGAAGAAUAUAAUUCGGGUCGCUUUAGUCCUAUAAUGGUACAGAAUCCAAAAACAUUACCAGAACCACCAUCUUCCAGAAGCCAGGAUGAAUCUUCAUCUCCAUCUAGCUUGAACGGUAGAAGUAUGAAGAAUUCUCAAGACGAUGAACUAUCUCCUCCAGUUCAUUGUCCGGGAUCGUCUGCUGUGUCUCCAGAGUCCAUUAUCGGUAAAAAAUCCAGUUGGAAUGGGCCUUUGAGUUUGACACAGUACAAGGUCUACAAGGGUGAUGGGCUCACUGAUGCUUCCACUCAGACUGAGGAAAGUUCAAGCAGAGGUGUUAGAACGCAAGAUACUUGUACAAGAGGUGUUUCAACUGAAGAUGGUUCAUUAGAACCAGAAAGUGGCAAGACUAGUGAAAACAAGGUUCCUCAGAUAAAAGAAACUUCUGAUAUUUGCAGUGAUUUAGUUUCACCACCUCCAUCGACAUCUAGUGCACCUUCGUCAAGUGGUAGGAUUGAUACUUUGGAAUCCCUCAUCAGAUCUGAUGCUAGAAAGUUCAACAGCUUUAGGAUACUUGAAGAGGAAGAAUUUCGAAUACCAUCCAGUAUGAAGUUCAAACCUUCGAAUAUGCUAAUGCAACUGAUUUCUUGUGGUUCAAUUUCAGUUAAAGAUCACAGCUUUGGCCUAAUUCCAACAUACAAGCCAAGGUUUUCAUAUUCCAAAUUUGCGUCCCCAUUGUUCUCAACAUCAUCGAUGUUGGGAGAGCAUGAUUACCUUGUGGAGAAUCCGAGGCUAAUGUGUAUGAAACUGGAAGACAAGGAAUACUUUAGUGCGAGCUUGGUUGAAACAAAUAUGCCCGAGGAAGGAGUAGCCGCUCUAAAACGAUCUUCCUCAUACAAUGCUGACAGGACUACAAAGGAAAUAGAUUCAGUUGAAGAAAAGGAAGAGGCCAGCUCUACACGUUUGAAGUGCAUACCAAGAUCGAUCAAGGCUACGCUAAGCAAGCAGCCAAAAUGUGAAUCAAUGAGAUCCCCUAUCUCCGAGGGGCCUGGAAUCUUAUCAGAUAGAGUGGAAAAUUCAAGGACUAUUGCACCUGACACACCAGAUUGUAGAAGCAAGAGAACUACCGAGCCUCUUUUGGGGAAAAAACAGUCGAGGAAACAAGAAACAGCUAGAGACAACAACGAAUAUGCUUGCUUCAGGAGCUCGGGUUAUAAUACAAUCCAGGGCAGCUUCCAACAGCGAGCAGAGCUCCUAGAGAUAUCCAAAGAUUGGUGGACAACGUCAGUUUUAUGUAGAUAUCAUGCAGAAAAGGCUGUUCAUACUGUAAAUGGUCCUUGGAUGUAUGUUUUCUCUAAAAUUCAGUUCUUCUGA